CGUAUUAGUGCUUGGUUGGUUCUUCGCUUUCUCUGUCUCCCACUCAAAUUCUGCCUCUCUCUCUCUUAAAAAAAGGAAAAUAAAUAUCUAAAACCAACCAAAAAAACUGCCUCCUCCUCAUUCGUUCUGGUUGGAUUUCGCUGUAAUUUACAUUCUCUGAGUUUCUCUUGAAGUCGAAGCAAACCGCAGCAAUGGCGUAGAAGGUUUGAUUCCAGUCGCGUCGCAAUUCGGCUUCGAAUCGGUUCAGGUGGACAAACUGCGGAUAAGCAUUUCGGCAGCCGAGUUGUUUUGCAUGUCUGUUAUCUUUGGGUAAUGAGAUACUUGGAGCUUGGAGAUAAAAGUGGACUAAAAUGAAUCUUGCAGCUCUUGGGACUUCUGCUGGAAUUAAUGUAGCCGUGUGUGUCGUAGUUUUUUCACUAUAUUCCAUAUUAAGAAAGCAACCAAGCCAGGUUACGGUCUACUUUGGGCGAAGGCUUUCAACAGACACAAGAAAAAGUAAUAAGUUGUGCUUGGAUAGAUUUGUUCCCUCUGCUAGUUGGAUAGUGAAAGCCUGGAAAACAACAGAAGAUGAAUUAUUGACUACUGGUGGCUUGGAUAGUGUGGUUUUUAUGAGGAUAAUUGUCUUCAGUCUUCGGAUCUUUUCCAUUGCUGCCAUCACAUGUGUUUUUAUAGUGCUUCCAGUGAAUUAUCGAGGAAAAGUGCUUGGCCACAAGCGUAUCCCUUUAGAAACAUUGGAAGUAUUUACCAUCUUGAAUGUUCAAGAGGGUUCAAAGUGGCUCUGGACCCAUUGUCUCGCAUUGUACGUUAUUACGUUUUCAGCUUGUGUUCUCCUUUACGUCGAGUAUAAGAGGAUCACUAAAAUGAGACUGGCACAUAUUAAUGGAUCUCCUUUAAAUCCAAGUCAUUUUACAGUUGUUGUUCGUGCUAUUCCCUGGUCUCCGGAAGAAUCCUACGGUGAUUCAGUUCGAAAAUUCUUCAUGAAGUAUCAUGAGUCAAGCUACUUGUCUCACCAAAUGGUGUACCGAUCUGGUAGAGUUCAGAAACUGAUGAGCAAUGCACGGAAGAUGUGCAAGAUCUUGAAGGAUGUUUCUAUUGAACAAAAGCAUAAACCAGGCUUAUAUCAUUGUGGUUUUUGUGGAGCACAUUCUGAUUCUUUUAAGAUUCUCUCACAUGAAUCAGAAAGUGCUAGAGGGAAGUCAUUCCUUAUUGACGAUGGUUAUGGUGGAAAGAGAAAAAAGGUGUGUGCUGCUGCUUUUGUCUUUUUCAAGACUCGCUAUGCUGCUGUUGUUACUUCACAGGUUCUUCACUCAUCAAAUCCCAUGCAAUGGGUGACACAGUUGGCUCCAGAGCCACAUGAUGUCUACUGGUCAAACCUUUGGAUACCAUAUGGACAAUUGUGGAUCCGUAAGAUAGCUACACUUGUGGCUGCUGUUGCCUUUAUGCUUGUGUUUCUUCUUCCUGUCACAAUCGUUCAAGGAAUGACGCACGCAGAUAAGCUACAAAAAACAAUACCGUUUCUGGAAGGUCCUCUUAAGAGGAAAUUUAUAAGCCAGCUGCUGACGGGUUACCUACCAAGUGUGGUUUUAAUUGUGGCUUUUUAUACAGUUCCACCAAUUAUGAUGCUUAUUUCAACACUGGAGGGUUCUAUCUCCCGCAGUGGGAGGAAAAAGAGUGCAUGCUUCAAAAUCUUAUACUUCACUAUCUGGAAUGUCUUUGUUAUGAAUGUCUUUACUGGGACUGUCAUGGAUACAGUCGGUAUAAUUAAUAAACUCGAUAGUGUGAAAGACUUACCUGCCCAACUUGCAAGUGCCAUUCCUGCACAGGCUAAAUUCUUCAUGACUUAUGUUUUAUCAUCUGGUUGGGCGGGCUUGGCAUGUGAACUCAUGCAGCUUUAUCCUCUUCUUUGCAACUUUAUCCGAAGAUAUAUAUUCAGAAUGAAAGAUUGGGCUAUUGGCACAAUGUCUUUUCCAUAUCAUACAGAAAUUCCUAGACUCCUGCUGUUUGGGUUCAUUGGCUUCACUUGUUCCAUCAUGGUUCCCCUAAUAUUGCCAUUCUUGCUGGUUUACUUCACACUUGCUUACUUUAUAUAUCGAAAUCAGAUGAUCAAUGUAUAUAUAAGAAAAUAUGAAACCGGGGGACAUUUCUGGCCUUUGGUUCACAAUACAGUAAUUUUCUCAUUGGUUAUGAUGCAAAUAAUUGCUCUCGGUGUCUUUGGAUUAAGACAAUCACCAGUUUCAUCAGGGUUCACUAUUCCACUGGUUAUUUUCACUUUUUUGUUUAAUCAGUACUGUCGACAGCGAUUUCUUCCAGUAUUCAAGAACCAUGUUGCAGAGAUUCUCAUUGACAUGGAUCGGGAAGAUGAGAAAUAUGGGAGGACUGAAGAGAUUCAUCAACAGUUGCAUGCAGCCUAUUGCCAGUCCCCUUCAACUUCUCCUGACUCGAGUAUGGCAGGCUCAUAUCAUCACCAGGAAGAAGACAGCAUUCAGGAUCCAGAGAAUGUGACACCAGGAAAGGAAGUCAGCCAAGUAAGUCCAUCAUGGUCCAUUGCUAGCACAUUUGGUGCCCCAGAGGCAAUAUAAAUUGAGUUUUAGUGGUGCAUGAUUUACUUUGUUUCGAUACAAACUCGAGCUGUUGAUGGCGCUGCUGGAAUGAAACGCUUGCAUGAAGAAAAUUAUACACGCCUUCUAGAAAAAGCGUUGUACAGACUACAGACACAAGUGAAACGUUACCUUGUGAAAUGCAGAGCUCCCCAAGCGUAUAGCAGGGCUCUCGUUUCUUUUGUUUACUAGGAUUCUUAAAAAGCAACUCCUAUUUUGUACAGUUCUCAGUUUUGAUCAUGUAAUUAGUAAUUACAGAUAGUUUGGAGGUGUUUUCGCAACCGUUGGCUGCAGGCUUUCAGGUUUCUAAUGAAGCCUGCUUGUUCAAAGGAAUUGCAGAUAUAGUAUUGUGUUUCAUAGGAUAUUGGAUUAGUGAUAUUGAUGUUCAGUUCCAUUUAAACCA